AUGUGGAACCUUUACGAAACUUCCCCAGAACACAGCUGGGAUUCCAACUACCAAGCGAUUAUUUUCACCUCACCUCUACCUAAGGAGUUACAAAGAAUUCUGUUAGACGGAGACGAUUUUCAGGAAUCUCUGAUGGACUCAAUCCGAGCUACCCAGCACCAUUCCAAUCCGAACAAUGUCAUUGCUUUCUGCGAUAACUCCAGUGCGAUUCGUGGAUUCGACGACGUUCCGGUUCUUGUCCCAGCAGAUCCGACGACGACAGGUCCUAUGAAAGUCCAACGCCUUCUUCGUCAUCUGACCUACUCAGCAGAGACUCAUAACUUUCCGACGGCUGUAUGUCCUUUCCAGGGAGCGACAACAGGCACUGGUGGACGUAUUCGUGACACACAUGCGACUGGAAGAGGAUCGUAUGAGAUUGCUGGCAUUGCCGGAUACUCGUUUGGGAAUCUACACCUCCCAGACUACCACAUGCCAUGGGAAGAAACCGGUGACAAGUUCCCGUAUGCGUUCAGUCAUCCACGGAAUGUGAUCAUAGAAGCAUCAAAUGGAGCGUCUGAUUACGGUAACAAAUUCGGUGAGCCCGUUGUCUGUGGAUUUGCGAGAUCCUUCGGUCAACGUCUAUUGAAUGGUGAACGAUGUGAAUAUGUGAAGCCGAUCAUGUUUUCUGGUGGAAUAGGAGCGAUCGAUGAUAACCAAACAAAAAAAGAGAGAUGUCAUGGUGGCAUGCUUCUGGCGAAAAUCGGUGGUCCAGUGUAUCGAGUAGGAGUUGGUGGCGGUGCCGCUUCUUCGCAGUCGGUCCAAGGCUCACGUGAGUCCACGCUUGACUUCUGCGCCGUGCAACGUGGUGACGCCGAAAUGGGCCAGAAACUGCAUCGCAUAGUACGAGCUUGUGCCGAAUUGGGCACGUCAAAUCCCAUUCUUUCAAUCCAUGAUCAGGGAGCUGGUGGGAACGGUAACGUCCUGAAGGAAUUGGUUGAAGGUGGAGGAGCCAUUAUCAGUGCCGAUAGCUUCGAACUCGGUGAUGAGACUAUUUCGGCACGUGAACUGUGGACCGCUGAGUACCAGGAGAACGACGCUUGUCUAGUUGAUGCAAAUGGAAUAGAAAAAAUGAUGGCAAUUUCCCGCCGCGAAAAGUGUACGGUAUCCGUUGUGGGAACGGUAACGGAUGUGAAACGGGUAUUUCAUCUCAACUCGAAGCCUAUAUCUCUGAGGCAACUGGAGCUCCCUGCAGAUCUCACCGUUAGACAGGCUCUGGAAAUGGUACUUCGAUUGCCGUCUGUAGCUAGUAAAAGGUAUCUCACCUGCAAAGUGGAUCGGUCAGUAACUGGUUUGGUGGCUCGUCAGCAAUGUGUCGGACCACUUCAUACUCCUCUAGCUGAUGUAGCCGUCGUUGCUCUCUCCUAUUUCGACAAGGUACGUGAGACACUUAUUUUGUAA